UUCCUUACUAUCCUCUUCCAAAACCUCAUCACCAUCAUCAUCUCCUUCUGAAAAAAAACUCCAGUAAUAUGAAGACUCCAGUGCUCUUCGCGCUCCUCUCGUUCGCUCAAAUUCUUCUCGUUGCCUUCCUCCCAUUUGCAUCUGCCGGCCUUGUCGACGACACAUGCAAGAAGACACCGUACAGCCACUUCUGCGUCUCGGCUCUCAGGUCCGACCGCCGGAGCUCCACCGCGGACACCCCAACCUUAGGCCUAAUCAUGGUCGACAAGGUUGACGCAAACGCCAAGUCAAGUCUGGCCAAAAUCAAGGACUUGCUCGGCAAAGCCCCCCACCCGGGGACGAAGCGGGCGUUGACCUCUUGCAGGGAGUCAUACCAAGCUACCAGAAGCGCGUUCGUGCCCUCGAGCAAAGAAAGUUUGACAAAAGGCGACUACAAGUUUGCCGUGGAGUACAUGAACAGCGCGGCGAGUGACGCAUCCGACUGCGAAGCGGGCUUUGGAGGCUCGAAGUCGCCGUUAUCGGACUUGAACAAUUAUGAGCACAAGGCAGCCUCAGUGGCUUCGGCCAUUGCCAGUUCACUGCUGUGAGCACUGAUGAUCAGUGAGAUGGUUUGUUGGAUUAAUAAA